AUGAGGGCAGUGGAUGGUGACUCCUUUCAAGAGGAGGCUGCGGACGAACGGAGCGAGCUCCUGGAGGUCUCCAUCAUCGCCAAUGGAGAAGUGGACCCGGAGGAGGACCCUGUCCAGCUCCAGACAAAGUUCAAGCUCCUGCACCUCGUGGUCGAUGCCGACUUCUGGACGAAGCCGUGGAUGGGGUGGAGCUUCACCUGCGCGCUCAUGCUCCUCUUCUUCUCCGUCUAUCGGUGGUCGGCGCUGGAGGAUCUCAUUGCCAUGUACGGAAGUGCCAAGGACUUGACUCUCGGUCUGCGGGUAAAGGUGCUGCUGUUUGGCGUCAUGGAAGACGUCGUGUGCACCACGUACUUCGUGUGCGCGCUGUGGAUCUUCGACCUUGUGAGGCAAGCUGUCACUGUACGCUGCAGACGCCCAGGCGGCAACCAGCGCGCUGCCAUCCAGAAGCGACGGCACAUUGCUCGAAUCAGCACCAAAAUCGCUACGUUCUUGGCGUCGUGGCUGCUUUUCGUCGCGGCGGUGGUGCCGUUCGUCGCUGAUAUGCUGCUGGUGCGACUCCGACAAAUGCGGUUCUCGCUCGACCUCGUUGUCAUGGCCAUCAACGAGAGUGAGUACAUCAGUGCUGCUCCGAUCGCCACCGAGGAGUUCAACGCGGGCUACGUAAAUGCAGGGAUCGUCAUCAUUGUGGCCACCUUGUUCGCAACCGCGCGGGCGCAACUGCGGUGGACUGACUUGGCUCGCUGGGAUCCAACAAACGCGGUGGUUGAUGCCGCGUUCCAGCUGAUCUCAACAGCACCGCGUCGACCGAGCGGUGAUAAAGGCUCACGCCGCGGAUAUAAGUACGACAAACUCACUCUAGAUGAAGGCCGAACCACAACGGAAGGGUUGAAAUCCCUGAACACCAACGCGCCCGUCGAGGCGAUGCUCUAUCGCGGUGUGUCUCAAUCCGCCGUCCUUCUCAUGGGUCUCGUGGUUUUCCCUAUGUUCGUCGUCGGAGUGAUCAGCUCAAGCUCCGCUCUCGUCGCGUACUCUGCUCUAAACGCAACACUUGAUCAGCUAUUCAAGACGUUUAUCCACUACCAGACUGAAGACCACCAGCUCUUCGACGACAACUCUCUCUUCCGACGCACCACGGGUUUUCAUGGAGAUCUCGCCUUCGACGUCGCUGUAGACCCGGUAAACCCGCCCAACGUUAUGGUGCUGGCGGUCGAGGGCUCCAACAUCACUGUCACGCCCAACUUCGACCGGUGGGCGAAGCGAGGCGUGAGUUUCCGCAAUAUGUGGUCAAGUACUCCCACGAGCCGCUCGUUGGAGAGCAUCCUGUUCGCUCAGGUCCCGUACGACAGCGUGACGACGGGCAUAGCGGGCGGCAAGGAGAACACGGAGCUCUCUGGGAUGCCGCAGUUCUUCGCGGCGAAGGGAUACGAGACGUACUUCACCACUGGCUGCGCGUUGAACUACGACGGAUGGGACGUAUUCUUCUCUUCGCACGGCUACGAUAACGUUUGGGGGCGUGUGCAGAUGUGGGAUCUAGCGGAGACGGACAUGGGGAUUAAACCCGAUCAAUGGGAUGGCCCCGAGAAGCGCCGGUUUGGCUGGGGAGUGCACGACGACGUGAGUUUCCAGCUCGUGGGAGAUCUACUGCUGAACAAGACAAGGCAACAAAAUGAGCGCGUGGCUCGAGGAGAGCGCAAGCAGCCAACGUUCAUCACGCACUACACCAUCUCCAGCCACGAGCCGUUCUACGCUCGUCCAACUUGGUACGCCGAGUCCGAGAAGCCAGACUUCUCUGCUCUUUAUGAAGGUCUGGAGCGCGCCAAUGUCGUUAAGAAUUACCUGGAGAUGCGGUACUUCACGGACAUGGAGCUGGGGAAGUUCUUGGACCGCAUGGAGGCGGGGGGUGUUCUCAACGACACCAUCGUCGUUAUCGUGGCGACCACGGCCGGGGUCCCGAGGUUCCCAACAGCGACACUCGAGCACUACGACCUGCUCAACACCCUGGCCGACAUCACCGGCGUGCCAGACAGAGGUUUCCUACAGGACGGCGUUGGACGAUCGCUCAAGCGCAAGAUCCCGUUCGGUGAGCGCGUGGUAUUCGGCAACAACCCGACUCGCAAGAUGUCGGUCGUGCGCGGCCACCAGCGGUUGCAGUACGACCGCGUGGGCGACUCCGUGCUGCUGCACAAUGCCAACUCGGACCACGACAUGCAAGUGGAUCUGUUUCCGAACUUGACGACCGACGAGCAGACGCAGUGGCUGGCGUGGCGAGACAUCGGCCGUGAUGUUAGUCGAUACUACGUGCAGCGGUGGGAUGGCAAGUGCCUGCUUGCCGUCGACCGCACGGACAGCUAG